GAUGGAUGAGUUAGGACUUCCGAGUAGAUUAUUCGAGUCCGGCUAUGAGCCAUCUGGUCGUAAGCGGGUCAACAGCUACUUCCACCUGCGGUGGGUGGAUAUAUUGAAGCAAGCGUUGGAUGAUGAUCAGCUGGAUAUGUUGAAUGAUUCUCAAUUUGGGAAGAUAAUGCAAAUGGGUGGACAUACGUUCUCGGUUAUGUUUCUCCAUUACCUGCUAUCGCGGCAGUUGGUGACUGAGAAAGAGUUUGAGCUAUGGUGGCUGUUCGUGGGCAAGCCAAUCCGUUAUGCCAUUCAAGACUUCGCGUUUGUCACUGGUCUUAACUGUGGGGAAAGUGGUGGGUGCGAUGGUGAGUCAAGUGAAAGGGGGGUUGGGAGAGGGAAGGUAUCAGGAAAAUCGAAAACUUCUUCAUCUACUUCCAUUUGGGAUGAGUUGUUCCGUGGGGAGGAGAAGCCCACUGUAUCCUGGAUAAUGGAUCGUCUCCUGAAGGGUAAACGGUACAAGGAUCCGUUGACUAGGUUCCGGCUUGCACUCUUGGUAUUGGUUGAAGGAAUUCUAUGUCCAACGUGUGGGACAACUAAGAUCAGACCGGAGGUGGUUAGCAGGUUGAGUAAUAUAGAAGAGUUUUUGAAGUACCCAUGGGGUAGGGAGUCUUUCCUGCUAACGGUUAGGAGUGCAAAAGCGAGAACCCCGGAGCAUUACAUACAAGAAACUAUGGCCCUUCAAGGUUUCACACAUGCUAUGGUAUUGGUGGCCGUCACUGCGUGUCCAUCUAUAAUAGUUAAGGCUGGUGGUGGUGAUCCCUUGGCAGAUGCCAGUCUUUCAGCAUCGGAAGUCAUCAGUUACGUGAUUGAUCGAAAGCUAUCAGUGAACCCAGUGUCUGCGAAGACAGUUGAUCAGCUAGGCCAGGCAGAUGUGAGGUACUAUGUUUGUGAUAGCGCUGACGGAGACCUUCUUAGUCGUGGUUUAGGAGACAAGGAAGAUGCUUCUGUUUUGAACCUUGUUUCGUUGAUAGAUGAGGACUACCCCUUCGAACACAACAUAUGGUCCGGUGGAUUGCGAGCUGAGGAUGUGAAGCCUAGGAAGGGUGCUCCCCCGUCUCCCCAAUCGAGCGGUGACAAUAUCGUUCCUGAAGUUGGUAGGGAAAAGGGUAUGCAUGGUGGUGUUGAACGCGGGGCCAAGUCUGGAGAGAGGGUGGGCGCAACAGAUGAACCACUCCGUGAUGAGCAUCUUCCUCACGACGUACCAAUGUUGCUGAGGAGAGCGGCCGCUGCAUACGAAGAGAAGGUUGUUCCCAUGUUUGAAGGUUACAUCUUAAGUUUGAAGGGUCAUUUCGAAACUGAAAUUGGAGGCAUCCGCACCGAUAUUGAAGCUGUUACAACAUCUGUUCAUGAACUGAAAAAGAUGGCUGAAACGGAGUUUGGCAAACUGCGUACACUAAUUAAGGGGGGUCGGGAUUUUGAGGAAGACCCACCGAUGGGUGGCGAAAGUCCAUUUGGACAUGGCUCGGCUUACGGAGGUGGUGAUGAUAAUCUCCCCCCACCUUUCGUUCCCCCACCACACACAACGAGAAUGUAUUCUGUUUCGGUUGGUGGAGUUUCACCUUCGGUUCCUGAUUUAUCUGGACCUUCGGCAGCAACUGGUAACCUUUCGUCCAACAUAGAGCUACCACCACCGCACAAUACCGGAGGCAGCGUUGCAGAUGUGGUUGGAACCAACAUCCACCAAACCGAGUCAACAGCAACAGAUACAAUGAAUCUCGACUCCGGUACUGGCUUGGGUGGUUCUCUGUCGCCUGGAGCACCUAUUGAAGAGGUGACUGCUACCAAUCCUGCCCCUGCGCAAUCCCCAGCACCCGUAUGUGAAGAAACAAAGGCUUCUGCUGAAUCUCACCCCUCGGUCCAAGACCCGUCCGUAAAGACGAAGCCGUCUGUAGUUUCUGACCCCGCCAAUAUAAACGAUGUGUCUCGUGUUGUUGAUCAGAUUCUAAGCCAGUCAGGGAUCAACGAGGAUAUACCGCAGACAUCAACUGUAUCAUGCAAGGGAGUCACUACAACAAGUGCUACUUCGGUGUCUAAUCCAUUGAAUGAGGAAGAUAAUGUUCCGGUAGUUGGUCAGACACCGAUCCAUGUUUCCGUUGAAAAGCAGACGGAGGGUGUAGUUGAGAAGGUCGCUGAGGUUGUUGGUGAAAGAGAGCAACCUCCAUCUGAAUCAAAGGUUGGCGGAGAGGUUUCUACGGCUGAUGUAGGUGGCGGUGAUGGACAGCGACGUCACAGUACACGGACGCACAAGAAAACACAAAAAUUUAGUCCUCCUGUUCAACAAGCUAAAAAAGCUGUAUCGAAGAAAACCACCAAACAACCAGGGGAGAAGCCACCAGCGCCUAAGCGUCAAAAAAAGGCAGCCGCCGGGUCAUCUGAUCCAACUGCUGUACCAACGGGUACUCGUAAGACUUUGCCCGUGUUCAUAGGCGGCUUCAAUGCCUUUGCACCUCCUACAGCUGCUACACGUGAGGCAUUCUUGAAGCGUCUUGGACGAGCUAUAUCAGGGAAUGAAGCAUCCGGCUCGGUUGAUACAACAAUUACUUGCUUCCAAGAUCUCUUCCACUGCACUGGGGUUUGUACACAUGAGGCCUUGGAUCGUGUCAUACAGUGCAUGCGUAUCAGGAGAGACAGGCUCCCUGCUGCUAGAUUUGACUUUCUUGCUCCUUCGUUCUUCGUCGAUCUGCUACGUAAUUAUCCAGGGUUUGAGGCCUGCAAUGACAAGGGCACGUUUGCUUUCUCCAGCAGUAUUAAGAAUCACAUGUUGCAGCGUCCACAGUGGUUUAGGGAUGUGGAUACUAUCUACACUACAGUUCUCAUUAAAAAAUAUCAGUGGGUCGGUCUGAUCAUAGAUUUGACGAUGAUGGCAAUUUAUGUGGUUGACUUCAACCAGGCAUGUCCUUCCGAGUUUGAUGUAGUCGGCGUACUCACCCCCAUCUCUGUUAUGCUUCCUUUCAUGCUGCGUAAGUUCUGUUCUGUACCGAGUAAUCGAGAAAUCACCCUACAGCCGCUGCCCAUAUCUCGAAUCGAAGUUCCCAUACUCCUUGAACAACCAGGGUUCUCGGGAGUCGCUGCACUUAUUUUGCUUGAACUCGCUGCUGCUGGGGAGCCCCUUAUUUCUAUUGAUGUGACGGAAGCCGAUGUACGCUUAGCUGCAGAGAACUAUGCAAUUGCAGCUAUGUCUAUUAGUUAAGGUCGAGUGUGUCGUUGUUGGAUGUUCAUUUGGACGUUAUGACUACAUUUCGUUUAUUUACUUAGGACGAUGCUUGUGUUUGGAUGCAAUUUCCCUUCUUUUAUCUUACUUACUGUUUCAAACUCUUGU